CCAAUUGGAGGCCCACCCUCCUCAACACGGACUCACCGGCUCUCACCCUGUCACAAAUCCCGAUCCCGACUUCACGCACUUAGGAAACAGCGUUCACUUGUCGUCCGGCGACCUGUUGUUGGCUGUUGCUACUCUGCCUCUCCCCUCUUGGUAUAGGAAACACUACACUUGGGCUUGGUCAAAGUUGGCUCCAGUUCUAUUCAGAAUAGGGCAAUAAAGCGGCUUGCCGCCUCAGGUUUGAGUUACGUAAAAGGGGACGAUGAAUUUUGCAGCUUCCUUGUGUAGGAGAUUGACUGUUAGUGACUUGGUUACGAGAAUUCCUGUCUACAGUUCUGCAAGCGAUGUAACUGGAGAUGGAUUAAGCAUGAUGUUCAGACGUUGGGCCACCAAAAAAACAGCAGGGUCCACUAAGAAUGGACGUGAUUCGAAACCCAAGAAUCUUGGAGUGAAGAAGUUUGGUGGUGAGAGAGUGAUACCUGGGAAUAUCAUAGUACGACAGAGAGGCACUCGGUUCCACCCAGGAGACUAUGUUGGAAUGGGCAAAGAUCAUACACUCUACGCUCUAAAAGAAGGAUGUGUCAAGUUUGAACGGCACAAGCUGAGUGGACGCAAGUGGGUGCACGUUGAACCCAAAGAAGGCCAUGUACUUCACCCACUCUACGUGAAAGCUGCUGCUGUAGCACCCGAGACAAAGACCACAACUUAGCUGAGUUUUUCUACUCUCCAUAUCCUCCUAUAAAUCUUGCAAAGAUUUCCUGGUUUCAUUUUGUUUUGUUGACCAUGAAAGUUUUGUUUUGUCGUUCGUUCCCAGAAACUUUCUCGUGAAUUCAUCGAAUCUCAGAAAAUUUCAAUUUUUGAUCUUGCUUGACGAAAACCGUAAUGUAGCAAAGCAAGAUCGGUUAUAAAAAAGCUCAGGACCAAAACUGGGCCUUGUUCUAUUUGUUGUCAAAGAGUGGUGAGUGUGUUUUUAAGGA